AUGUUAAUUAAAUUGACAUUCUUAACCAUUUUCUUAUAUCAAAUAUUUUCUGUUACGACUUCUUCAUAUUUACCAUGUACUUUAAUUUGUCUUAAUCAAACUCAUACAUUACCAAAACCACCAGUUUUUUAUAUCAAUGAUACAAUCAAUGAUGCGUUAAUAAUAUUUUCCAUAAAUUGUAAUACGACAGAUAAUUUGACGUAUGCGAAUGUAUCAAUUUCAUAUGACAAUCAAAAUUCAAUUGAAAUAAAAAAUACUUUACCAUUAAAACUUCUUCCAUUUAAUAAUGAUGUACAAAAUUUAACAUUUAAUUUAACUAUUCAUGGAAAAUUACUUGGAUAUAGUCGAUUAUCUUUACAUGCUGAAUACUUCAAUCAAACAAAUUAUAAAUUUAAUUAUACAAAUAAUCUUGACGUCGAUUUCGCUGUUAAAAGAAAAGGUACAAUACUUGAUAUAAUAUUUACGGUUAUUGUUAUUAUACUUGUUUGUAUUGGAACAUUUUUAAUUGGAUGUCGACUUGAUACACAAAAUCUUUAUGCGAAUAUACGAAGACCUGUUCCUAUACUUAUCGGUCUUUCUAGUCAAUUCUUAUGUUUACCUUUAUUAGCAUUUGGUUUAGCUAAACUUGCUAAACUUGAUUCAUCAACUGCUAUUGGUUUAAUAUCAACAGGUUCAGCACCGGGUGGUGGUGCAUCAAAUAUGUACACAGCUAUGUAUGGUGGUGAUGUUGAUUUAUCGGCUUCAAUGACAUUUAGUAGUACAAUUCUUGCAUUUGGUACAUUCCCAUUAUGGAUUCUUUUAUUGGGCCGGGAAUUUAUUGAUACACAUAAUGUACAUUUCCCAUGGGAAAAUAUGUUUGCUACAUUGAUUUGUUUGAUAGUACCAGCAGGUAUUGGUUUAGUACUUCGUGCGCAAAAACCAAGAAUUGCUGAUCGUUUUACACGAUAUCUUCGAUUUCUUACUUUAUUCUUUAUUGUAUAUAUCUUAACAUUUGGAAUUUAUACCAAUCUUUAUAUAUUCAAAUUGAUUAAUUAUCGAACACUCAUUGUCAGUGUUAUUUUACCUUAUACAGGUUUUCUUAUUGGAUUUCUUAUGUCAACUAUAACAAGACAAAGUCGAGAACGAUUAAUUGCUAUAUUUAUUGAGAGUGGUUUACAAAAUACUGGUGUGGCUAUUUUCUUUCUUCGAUUAUCACUUCCUCAACCUGAUAGUGAUUUAGCUAUUGUUGUACCAAUUUUUGUUGCUAUUGCUAUACCAUUACCUCUUCUGAUUAUCUAUGGUUUUAUGUCUAUUCAUCGAUAUUAUAAAAAACGACAUAAUUUAGUGACAAGUAUCAAUGACGAAGAACGUGAUAGAGCAGAUUAUGAACCAUUACCAACUAAUACCAUUCGUCGUGUUCAUGAACGAGAUAUAUUUAAUAUUACAGGUGAAUUACACUUUUGUCCAUCAUCAAUUGUUGUACGAAAUGUUUCAAUAACAAAUCCAUUACUUAAACGUUUAAGUAUCUUGAAUGUAACUUAUCUAAUUGAACCAAAUCGUAUAAAUAUAAGUGGACUUGCUCGUUUAAUUGGUUUUGCACCAUUAACUGUUCAAUUAUAUUUUCAAGAUACAAAUGAAUACAGAUCAACUGAACGUUCAAAAAGAAAUGCAACUAUCGAAGAAAUUACUUGUGCACGUUCAUCAUCUGAUCGAAUGGAAAUUCUUCAAAAAUGUCCAAAACUUAAAUAUGAAGAUGAUCAUUAUAUUUUAAGUCAUACAAUAAAUAUAGCAGUAAAACGACAUCAAUCAGUAAUCGAUGCUUUAUUUACUGCUGUUGUCAUCGUUCUUGUUACAGCGGGAACAUUAUGUAUUGGUUGUGGAUUAGAAAUGGAACAAUUACUUACUAAUUUUAAACGACCUUUACCAUUAAUUAUUGGUCUUACGUGUCAAAUUGUUUAUGUGCCAUUAUUAUCAAUUGCUAUAUCGAAAACUGUUCGAUUAGAUAACUCAACAACUUUAGGUUUAUUUUCAACCGCAUGUUCACCUGGUGGUGGUUCAUCAAACAUCUAUACAGCAUUACUUGCCGGUGAUAUUGAUCUUUCUGUAACUAUGACGUUUAUAUCUACAGCUUUAGCAUUUGGUACAUUUCCUUUAUGGAUGGGACUUCUUGGAAAACAUUAUGUUGAUUUUUCGCAAGCAAAAUUUCCAUGGUGGAGUAUGUUUCUAUCAUUAAUAACAUUAUUUCUACCGGUAUCAACUGGAUUUUUACUUCGUCGAUAUCGACCAGUAGUUGCUCAUCGUAUCGGUCGAUUUCUCAAUCCGAUUGCAGUUGGUUAUCUUGUCUUUAUUCUUACAUUUGGAGUUUACAUUAAUAUGUAUAUUUUUUAUAUAAUUGAUUUCAAAGCAAUAAUGGCUUGUUGUUUUUUGCCAUGGUUUGGUUUUAUUGGUGGCGCAAUUAUAUCACUUAUUGGUGUACGUGAUAGAAAGAAAACCAUUGCUAUUUGUAUUGAAACAGGCAUACAAAAUACAGCUGUAGCAAUAUUUUUUCUUCGUUUAACAUUUCCUCAACCAGAUUCGGAUGUUGCAUUAGCUAAUCCUAUUCUUGUUUCAAUGGCAACUCCAAUACCAUUUCUUGUAUUAGUAUUAACAAGAUCAAUUAUGAAAAGAUUUACUUGUUGUCAAAAAUUUUUACCAAAGAAACAAAAACAAAAAAUAAUGGAAAACGGAACUAAGGAGGAAAGUCCAGAAAAAACUCUUAUCAAAGAAUUAUUAGAAGAAACAAAAACUGAAGAAAAACAAGAACAAUCUGGUCAGAUAGCAUAG